AUGUUGGAAGCCCUUGCGCGGCCGGGAAGCAUCGGAGUGGUCCUCCUCCUUGUGGCAUGCGUGGCUAUCAAUUUGGGCAUGAUAUUGCAGAAGUUGGCAACGGUGAAGUGUGGGAUGGGUGGUAGGGGCUUUUGGGCGACAUGUGGUUUUAGUGUGGACUACCUCACUAACGGGUAUCUCUGGUCGGGCCUGGUUCUAUACAGUGUUGGCCAAUAUGGCUGCUUACAUGCUCUAGCGAUGGCGCCUCAUUUUACAUAUGCUUUUCUCAACGCUAUCAUAAUCAUCAGUAACUCUUUCCUAGCACCGUGGUUACUUGGGGAGAAGCACAGAGGGUGGUCGAUGCAGUGUGCGUGGCUGAUGGCUGCUGGCUCUACCGCAGUUCUGAUGGCGGAUGGCUCGACGCUGAUUAUGCUACUGGUGGACGGCAGCGGUGGUACUGUGAAGGGGGAUGCAUGGAGGAAAGAGGCGGAGUUGGAGUCCCAUAAUAGUGGUGGGGGUGUUGGCGGCAGCGGUGGUGAAAAUGUGAGUAGCAAGGAGAAACCAGAUAGGGAGAUGAGCAUGCGUUGUUAG